GUGGAGUCUGACAGACACAACGGACGUGUGCUGUAAUUGAGCACUCUCUGCUGUCCGCUUGCUCCCUGUGGCCUUUGAACCCAUUGUUGUGUCGCGGGUGACGUCAGUGCCGUGUGCGGGAGACGGAGCGGCGUGCGCCUGGCUAGACAAAGGCGGCGGACCGACCGGGGUCAGGCAGCAGCGGAGAGCCGAGAAUCACUGUUUUUAUAACUAAAAGGGAACUCCCAGCCUUUUGGUUCUAAGCCACGGUCUCGUUGACGGUACGAAGAAUGAAGACUCAGCGCACGUCCUAGGAGUAUGCUUUGACUCGCCGGGAAGAGGGAGAAAAAAAAACAACAGUGCCCUAUUUUCGAUUUUUAACGUUUUUUUUCUCCAACGCCCCCAUUUAGCUUUGCUAGGUGGCUAACGCGCUAGCUCCUAGCGCUGCACCGCACAGCGUUGCUCUCGUCCUCCCGGCUGCUUCACGUCUCUCCCCUCAAGAGCCGGACGACAAGGCGGAGAAAGGACCUCAAACGCCAGAUAAACUGAGUGUGAGCACACUCCCAAACAAACGGGCAGCCGUGAUCUGAUGUGAGAUCCACGGAGAAACUAUGCCUAGCCCUUUAUUCCACCCCGAGAUUAUGGACCACGAUGUGGUGAUCAGCAGCCAGCACAAUGGCGUCGGGCUGCCCCGGGAGACGGACCAGGAGUCCCGGGAUGAGGACCACCAGGAGGUGCUCCGCUUCGCCCUGGACCAGCUGUCACUCAUGGCUCUGGAGAAGGUGGACUGUGGGGGCGGAGGCACCGGGGGCGGCGGGCUUGUGGACACCCUGGACGGGAACCAGGGUCCCGGAUCCGACGGCUGCAACGGCGUGGGCGGAGGGGGCUACAUGGACCUCCAGAUGAUGGAGCACCCCGGCGGCUCCCGGGACUCCCCCGCGUCCUGCUCCCCGUCCCCGGAGUAUUACGGCUCUGGCGGGUACCACAUGGCCGGCUCACACCCCAUGCUCCACGGGGAACAAAGCUCCGUCCUCUCCAACAGGAAAAGAAGCGUCAACAUGACUGAAUGUGUACCUGUGCCCAGCUCCGAGCAUGUGGCCGAAAUAGUGGGGAGACAAGGAGGCUGCACCAAACAAAGGGGAUGUGGGGAAAACAGGCUCUGCGUCCGGCUGGCGGUGUCCGAAGCGCCCCGCUCGGACGCAGAGCCCGCUGCCCAGAGGCACGGCCGCGUCCCCGGCCUGCCUUUUUUUUUUUUUUUUGUCGUGGUUUGUGGAGAAGCGGCGGACAGAAACGGGGCAGCAGGCGCACAGACACGGGACUGGGCGGUGUUCCGCCCUGCACCCACCGCUGUCUGCCGAUGCUGCUGCUGCUCACGCUGUAAGAUAAAGGCCUUGCGUGCUAAAACCAACACCUACAUAAAGACUCCGGUCAGAGGAGAAGACCCCGUGUUCAUCGUUACCGGGCGCAGGGAGGACGUGGAGAUGGCCAAACGGGAGAUCGUGUCUGCGGCGGAGCACUUCUCCAUGAUCCGGGCGUCCCGCUGCAAAGCCGGAGGAGGGGGGGGCUCCCUCCCCGGCCCCCCGCACCUGCCGGGACAGACCACCAUACAGGUCAGAGUACCGUACCGGGUGGUCGGCUUAGUUGUGGGACCGAAGGGAGCAACCAUCAAGCGCAUCCAGCAGCAGACCCACACCUACAUCGUGACGCCCAGCCGGGAGAAAGACCCGGUGUUCGAGGUGACCGGGAUGCCGGAGAAUGUGGACCGGGCGCGAGAGGAGAUCGAAACCCACAUCACCCUGCGGACCGGGACCUUCGUAGACCUGCAGGGCGACAACGACUUCCACACGAACGGCACCGACGUCAGCCUGGAGGGCCUGGGCUCCCUGAGCGCGGGGCUGGGCGCAUCCCUGUGGUCCCGCGCCACCGGCCACCACCCGGUCCCGCCCCCUCCCCCGCCCUCCCCGCCGCCGCCGGCCCUCCCCAUGUCCAUGCACCACUCCUCCGGCCGCAAGGUGUCCUCCUCGGCGGCCUACCACCCGCAUAGCGGCGGGAUGAGCUCGGACGGCUUUGUCGCGGGCCGGAAAGCGCCGGAGGGCGGCAGCCCCACCAGCCCCUUCAGCACGGGCUCCAGCAGCGCCGGCGGCGGCGGCUUCACGUUCGGGGGCGACUCCACCCCGGGGCUGCCCCCCUCAGACGAGCUGGGCUUCGAGUUCAGCGCGUCCAACAUCUGGGCGCCCUUUGUGAACGGCGGCGCCGGCGGCAAAGCGCCCAGCUCCAGCCAGCAGCAGCAGCCCCUGCGCCGCAACAGCAGCGGGCUGAGCGGCGGUGCCAUCACCCCCCGCCUGUCCCCCACCCUCCCUCAGGACACGGGCGUGGGCCCGCUGGACCACCCGCUGGCCCGCCGCGCGCAGAGCGACCCCCUCAGCACGCUCUCCUGGCUGCAGUCCGGCAGCGCCGGCGGCGGCGGGUCCUUCUCCGGCGCGUCCAGCUCCAGCUCCGGCGGCUCCUCCACGGGCUACUCCUCCUGCUCGGCCUCCUCGCUGCCCGGCGGCUCGCCCACCGACUCGGAGGGCGGCGGCAGCGGCGUGGCGCUCAGCUCGGGCAUGCUGAGCCGCCUGAAGGGCUCGGGCCCCGGCGUGGCGGGCCUGGUGGGCGUCGGCCCCGGGGUCAACAGGGACUGCUUCGUGUGCUUUGAGAGCGAGGUGACCGCCGCCCUGGUGCCCUGCGGCCACAACCUGUUCUGCAUGGAGUGCGCCGGGCAGAUCUGCCAGUCGGCCGAACCCGAGUGCCCCGUCUGCCACACCCCCACCACACAGUGCAUCCGCAUCUUCUCCUAA